CGCGGCGCCGGGGGGGGGGGGGGCGGGUCAAGAUGGCGGCGCCCAGCGGCGGCGCGGCGGAGUGAGGCGGCCGGAGCCCCAUGGCGGCCCCGGGACAGCCCCCCACCGCGGCCCUGCAGGCCGUGCUGAAGCCGAGCGGGCCCCUCCCGGCCGAGAGCCUCCCGGUACGCGGGUACGACUUCGCCGGCGGCCCGGACCACGCCGCGUUGCUCCGCUCCUUCCUUACCACCGGCUUCCAGGCCACCAGCUUCGCUCAGGCCGUCACCGAGAUCCACCGGAUGAUCGCGGCGAAGCUGGAGCCGCUGAGCGAGGAGGAGCGGGCCCGGGCCGGGCUGGGGGGGCCGCGGCCGCCCUCGGGCUGCACCAUCUUCCUGGGCUUCACCUCCAACCUCGUCAGCUCCGGCGUCCGGGAGACCAUCCGGUACCUGGUGCAGCACAACAUGGUGGACGUGCUGGUGACCACGGCGGGGGGCGUGGAGGAGGAUCUCAUCAAGUGCCUGGCGCCCACCUACAUCGGGGACUUCAGCCUGCAGGGACGGGACCUGCGCCAGAGCGGCAUCAACAGGAUCGGGAACCUGCUGGUGCCCAACGACAAUUACUGCAAGUUCGAGGACUGGCUGAUGCCCAUCCUGGAGCAGAUGGUGGACGAGCAGGAGAUGCAGGGCGUGAGGUGGACCCCCUCCCGGAUGAUUGCACGUUUGGGCAAGGAGAUCAACAACCCCGAGUCCAUCUGCUACUGGGCACAGAAGAACAACAUCCCGGUGCUGAGCCCGGCGCUCACCGACGGCUCCCUGGGGGACAUGAUCUUCUUCCACUCCUACAAGCGCCCGGGGCUGGUGCUGGACAUCGUGGAGGACCUGCGCCUCAUCAACACUCGGGCCAUCUUCGCCAGGAAGACGGGGAUGAUCAUCCUGGGCGGGGGGCUGGUGAAGCACCACAUCGCCAACGCCAACCUGAUGAGGAAUGGGGCCGACUUCUCCGUCUACGUCAACACGGCGCAGGAGUUCGAUGGCUCCGACUCGGGGGCGCGGCCGGACGAGGCCGUGUCCUGGGGCAAGAUCCGGAUGGACGCCACCCCCGUCAAGGUCUAUGCCGACGCCUCCCUGGUCUUUCCGCUGCUGGUGGCGGAGACGUUUGCCCAGAGAGCCGACGCUUUCCCCUCAGAGACACCGGGAGACUGAACCGGUGCCGGGGUGAGCCCCUCACCUGGAGGGGGGUGAGCCCCCCACUUUGGGGUGCCCAGCACCCGGUGCCUCUGCAGGGGGUCCCGUCUCGGUACCCGCAGAGCAGGAGAGAGCAGGGUGGUUCCCCGACCAAGGGACUGGGGGAGCCGGGACCCCUGCGCCACCGUCCGCCUGUUCUCCCCCCCGCCCUCCCCAGCGCUUGUAUUUAUUUGAGCUGCUCGGGGCUCCGUGGGCUCCCUGUGCUCCCAAUAAAGCCCACAGCUCCUCCACA